AUGCCCGUUCCACUCCGACGACGACGCGAAUUCAUUGCCCGAGAGACCGUUCGCCGGUCACCCGCCAUCGUCGCGGAGCACUCCAAGCAAGGUGCUACUGCACUUUCAACAUUCAUUCCAGAACAGCUACCGCCACUCGACCAGGUUGACUGCCCGGACCCAUUCGGUACCCCAGUACCAGUGGAAGUGGUCAACGCGGAUGCUUUCGUUACCGCAAGAAAGAUGAUGUACCUUGACGAGGAAGCGAACGGGAACGUUGCCAUGCUGAAUUUGGCGAGUGAUAUAAGACCUGCUGGGUCGUGGCAUGAACACAGUGCUUUGGAAAUUCGACAGGAAGAUAGUCUUUGUUAUUCGUCCACGUUGUACACCACCCUCAAGGUGUCUUACUACCCCAUUCCCAAUGUUGGGGAAGGGUCCGCGGCGGGAAUUUAUUCACCAGGGGUAGUUAUCUUCAGGGAUCAGCUGGAAAAUGCCUGCACAGAGCUUCCGAUCGAACAACGUCGUGUGGUGUCGGUCAUCUCUGUGGCCGCUCCAAGGUGGCCUGCUCUUACAGACGACGGAAUGUCGCUCAGACGAAGGACCGACCUUGACGACCUGCGAGACAAGAUCCGAUUGGUGUACAGGAUGGCGGCAUACUAUGGGAAGACGCAUUUGGUUCUCGUUGUCAGGUGCUAUGGGAUGCGGCACGUAUGGAUGUCCGCCAGGGCAAGUAGCCAGCGAGAUGCGAGAUGUUCUUUUGGAUCCUGA